AUGAGUGUUCGGGUAGUGGCCCGUGUUAGGCCACUUCUGAAAGCGGAGCGUGAGCAAGAUGUUAUUCUUCGCACUGGCCCGUCAAAUCAUACUUUACCGCCAAAGGGCGACCAACAGAGCUCCCGGGGUAAUUCGGCGGUUGCAAAACUGAGGGACCGAGAUACAGUUGUCAGGAUCCCUAAUCCCAAGAAUGAAAAUGAGGAAUAUUCUUUCCAGUUCAAUGCCGUUUAUGAUGCAGAUGCCUCGCAACAAGAGCUCUAUGAUGCUGAGGUUGCUCCCACAGUCAAGCACCUCUUCAACGGCUUCGAUGUCACAAUAUUUGCGUAUGGGGUCACCGGAACGGGGAAAACACAUACUAUGCGAGGUGGUAAAAGCCUGGCCGAGCGAGGUGUUAUUCCGCGUCUUCUGAGUAGCAUAUACAGACGCAGCCGGAAGAUCGAGAAGGACAGCGAAGGGGAAACAACUGUCAAGGUUGUCUUGAGCUACUAUGAGAUCUAUAAUGACAAAGUCUUCGAUCUGUUCGAACCCCCAGAGAAGAGGACACUGGCAGGGCUGCCUCUUCGGGACAAUGGCGGGAAGACUGUAGUGGUAGGCUUGACGGAAAAACCAUGCACCAGCCUGAAAGAAUUCGAGAGCCUGUAUGACCAUGCAAAUAUCAACAGAUCCACAUCUGCAACAAAGUUAAAUGCUCAUUCAUCCCGAUCGCACGCUAUUCUGUGUGUGAAAGUGACGAUCAGCUCGGGUGACAAGGUUCGCAUCAGCACUGCAUCUGCUAUUGAUCUUGCUGGUUCAGAGGAUAACCGCCGGACGGACAACGACAAGGAACGCAUGGUUGAAUCGGCCAGUAUUAACAAAAGUCUUUUCGUUCUCGCGCAAUGCGUAGAAGCAAUCAGCAAGAAACACCAACGAAUUCCAUAUCGUGAGUCGAAAAUGACGAGGAUAUUGUCUUUGGGCCAGAACAAUGGCUUGACCGUCAUGAUCCUCAACCUCGCGCCAAUCAAGUCUUAUCACCUAGAUACCCUCAGCUCUCUAAAUUUCGCAAACCGUACCAAGAAGAUCGAAGUUCGCGAAGUGGAGAAUGAGCCUAUGUUCAAAGGACCACCGAGAGUGGUGGCACGAGCCUCAACGGCAAAUGCUCAGCGGCAGCCUCUCCGGCCAUUGACGGCCUCUGUUAAUGUCAACUUGAGUGCACCAACUAACAAAGAUACAUCCAUACCUGGUGACGGCAAGCCGGUGAAAGCGUUCCAUGUGUACUCGGACAAGUCCCAUUCUAGAAGUUCGGCGCAAUUCAAACGAGCUGACGGGCCGAAGAGGUCUUCACUGAGUUCUGAUCUUCAAGGAGCACAGCCGAACCGGACAUCGAAGACUACUCGGGUCGCGCAGACAUCUCUGCCGAGCAAGCGGCAGGAAGAUAUCUCCACAGCAAUGAUUGAAGAAAUGGUCGAGAAGAAGGUUGAGGAGAUUCUUGCCGCGCGUGAGCAGUCGAAGCAGAGUCAAGUCUGUGAGAUGAAUGAACAACUGCAAAAACGUCUGGAAAUACUGGAGCAGCGGAUUGAAGGCACAGAGGACGCUAGAGCCGAAGGACUUUCGUACCUACUCAUGGGUAAGCAGCAUCAGGCGCGAGGGGAGGACUUUUCAGCCCUGAAAAUGUAUCAGCUGGCGCUCCCUUUCUUUCCAAAGAAUGAGAAACUCGCGACCAAGAUAGCUACUCUGAAAGAGCGCAUUCAGAGCAGGCAGCAGACCACUGAGUUCACUGGCCAUGCGCCCUCAGCGCACAAACCCGGCCUCGGAAGCAUCUUGUCGAUCAAGAAACAGCCAGCACGUGCAGGCACUAAACGCCAAGCUGCUGAAUCUGACGAAGAUUACGAAGAGCCUGAAGAGAGCCUGGCUCAUUACUGUGAUGACGAUCUUCUUGUAAGCUGCCAGCCAAAGCGCUCAAAGCGUACCAGAACCAAAAGCCCAAGUAAAGAGUCUCCAGAUGAACCGGAUUCGCCCGGCACGCUUCGCUAUCCUUUACGAGCAAGGCGGGGACAGUUGCCAAGUGAGGUCAUCUGCUCAGGCUGA